GGGUGGGGUUUGGGGGUCUCUUAUGGGGGCCCUCAGGGCGCUGGUUCGCUCGGAGGGGAACUUAGGGCAGGGGGAGUGAGGGCUCCUCCGCGAUAGGGGUCCGUAGAGUUCAGUCCGUCCCCGUAGGAGAGCGCUGAGGGAGGCGAUUCUGUGACAAACCGCCGUGGUUGGGGCUCAGCUGCUCCGUUCUGCUCCGAACGCACGCGGAGGGGCGAGCCCCGGCCCUGCGGAUACCCGAGGUACCGGUACCGCGGCGCUUAACGCGGAGCAGCGGGGCUGCCCCCCCCGGCUCGCGGGUGACGUGGGCAGCGAGCGGGGACGGCGAAAAACAGCGCGUGUCCCACGAAGAGAGGGAAAAGGAGAGGAGCGGGGAGCCCUGAAGGGCGCGGGGGGGUCCAGCGCAGACAUCUGAACGUGGCUGAAAGCGGUGGUUUCCACGAGCUGCAGUGUGUUCACAGGAUCCCACAACUGCAGGGCUGGGGAGGGACCUCUGACGUCCUCUCGUCCCGUCCCCCCCAAAGCAGGUUCCCUGCAGCAGGAUUGUAUCCAGGUGGGGUUGGUUCUCUUCAGAGGAGGUUUCUCCCACCUCUCUGGGCUCUGUGCCAGAGCUCUGGCCCCCUCACGUGCAGAAGUUCUCCCUCACAUUCAGACAGAACUCCCUGGGCUCCAGUCUGUGCCUGCUGCCCCUUGUCCUGGCACUGGAGCCCAGCCCCAUCCUCCUGACCUCUGCCCCUCCGACAUUGAUCAGCACUGAUCAGAUCCCUCUCAGCCAUCUCUUCUCCAGGUGAACAGCUCCAGGGUGCUCAGCCUGUCCCCAUCAGGAGGUGCUGCGGGCCCCCACCAUCUCAGCAGCCCUCUGCAGGGCUCUCCCAGCACUUCCCGGGCUGUGUAGAACUGGGGAGCCCCACGUUGGGCCCAGUGCUCCAGCUGUGCCCUCACCAGAGCAGAGGGAGGAGCGCUGCCCUGCCCCGCUGGCCCGGCUCUGAGCAGUGCACCCCAGGGAACCAUUGUCCCUCUUGGCCACCAGGGCACGCUGCUGGCUCGUGCUCAGCCUGCUGGCCACCAGGACCCACAGCUCCUUUCCAGCAGCUCAGCCCCCAACCUGCACUGAUGCAUCGUGACAGCAAACCGGGCAUCGCUUGGUUCCCAGCUUCAGGACUCGUGUGUUGCGUGCUCCAGCAGAACACUUAAAUUCACAGCUCUUCCUAACGCAAAGUUACAAAGCAAGAAUUGUUUUCAGAGGGAGGAGCUGAUGCAGGCUGCGUCUCUUUGUGAGGGGUGGGGGUGAGGUUUGCUGCUUGGCUUUUCUCCAGGGGCUCGAGUUCCUGGUGGCUGUAUGCAGUGUUGUGGUGCUUCGCUUCUGAGUUCUUCAUUUAAAGCUGGGCCCUCUUUUAGAACUUCCAACAGUUUCAUAGAAUUGCAAUUGAAGGAAGUAGAAAGAAGGGUCGCAGCCUCAGCGCAGCUGGGAUCACUGUUGCCCUGCACGGCACAGGGCCCGCCUGCAUGGCUGUGCGUUUGUAGCCAGCUAACGAGCAUUGUAUGAGAGUUAAUGGGUAGGCUUUGAAGUUGGUCUUUCACAGAAGUGGCAUACCAAGUGUGACCCUGUUGUGGGCGAAAAUGUGAUAGUUCUCUGUGCUGCCACAAUGGUUGGAUGCUGGCGCGGUUCGGAAUCAAUAGAGACGCUGUUGUCUGUGGGCUGACCGCAGGACCGGUGGCAUUUGGGUUCUGCUCCUUUUCUGACCUUGCCAAGUGCCUGGAGUUACAAGGUUUGCUUUUCCCUCUCCGAGCAGAGGGAUCGUUCCCCCGUGCUUAGCUGCAGGGCCUGGGGUCGGGGGGAGCGUCUCCAAGGUUAAUCGUGUUCUCACGGCGCUUUGAGAACCAAACUGAUGCUGUGCAGUAAAUGUGAGCGGCCUCGCUGUUGCUUCCGUAGGUUCUGCUCUUGAACCUGGAUCCACAUGGGCGCGCCGCUGUGUGUGUACGAGGUGCUCUUGGGGUAAGUGGGGCUGUGCAGCUGCUGUGGCUGUGCCCGUGGGCUGAGCCCCCUGGGUGUUCCAGGCUGUGAACCGAUGUCUGAUAGGCACCGAACCUCACUGGCUGUGGUGGGCUGCUGCUCUGUGCGCCUGCUCGUCACGCAAACGGGCCUUAAUUGUGCUGGGCUUUUCAAUGGCCUCUGCCUCACUGUUUUCUGCUGAUUCCUUCGUGUUCCGUUCCUCGCUCCCUCCUCUGAGAGCAGCUUGCGGCAGCUCCGUGCUCCCAUGUACGAAGAUGUCUUUAGUGGACCUGGGGAAGCGGCUGCUGGAAGCAGCUCGCAAAGGCGAAGAUGACGAAGUGCGGACGCUGAUGGCCAGCGGUGCUCCCUUCACCACGGACUGGCUCGGGACGUCCCCGCUCCACCUCGCUGCCCAGCACGGCCACUACUCCACGGCAGAGGUGCUGCUCCGAGCCGGGGUGAGCAGAGAUGCGCGGACCAAGGUGGACCGGACCCCGCUGCACAUGGCCGCGGCUGACGGACACGCUCACGUUGUAGACCUGUUAAUUAGGAACGGGGCCGAUGUGAAUGCCAAGGACAUGCUGCAAAUGACUGCUUUACACUGGGCAGCAGAACACAACCACCGCGACGUUGUGGAGCUGCUCGUCAGAUACGGAGCCGAUGUGCACGCCUUCAGCAAGUUUGAUAAAUCGCCCUUUGAUAUUGCUUUGGACAAGAACAAUCCGGAGACCCUGGUGAUACUGCAGGAAGCAAUGCAGCAGCAGGUGGACGCGCACCCGGAGAAAGCAAAUCCCGUCACCAGCGCCGUGAGCGUCACCUCGCCCCUCAUUCUUACAGCCGGGGACGUUCUCAGCCUGGCUGGUCUCAUCUCCGCUGCAAACACCAAAGGCGACGCAGAGGAACGGGUGGGAGCGAAUUCUGUCGAUCCUGCCCUGCAGCGAGUGGUCGGCGGCGGCGGGCAGCGCGUCAUCACCAUCGUGAGCGGCGGCGUUCCCCUGGGCAGCCUGCAGCCGGCCGGCCCCGGCCAGCCCUGCCUCGUCACCGUGCGCGAUGGGCAGCCAGUUGUCCCUGUACCUGCUGGUCAGGCUGCAGAGGAGGCUGCGGUUGGAGAUGGGGGUGGUGCAGAAGGAGGAGAAAAGCCGCCGGCCAAGAGGCUCAGAGUGGAACAGAAUGGGAAUGGUGUGGAGCAAAGCGAGGGCAGCGUUGAAGGGGAAGCGCCCUGGCAGCGGCCCGGCGCGGCACAGGGGGAGCUGGACGCCGGCACCGCGGUGCACGCGGUUGUGGUGAGCUCCGAGGAUGCCGAGGGACCCGCGCCGGGAGCGGAGCGGCCGCCGGACAGCGCUGCCAGGACCUUAACCUCCUAAUGGUGGGUCACGGGCGUGGGGCUGGAGCAGAAACACGGCGCUGCCGGGGCGGCUGCAGUCAGCACGGGCUGGGACGCUGCAACCGGGAGCUCAGGACCGGCCCGGAACGCGGUGUUCGUUCCAUGGACGCCUCUGUGCGCAGCGCAGCGCGCGGGUGCACGCAGAGCGAGAGCCGGGCGGGCUCUGGAGACAUCUGUCACUUUUAUACUUUGUUUUACGGUUCUUUUUUAAAGAUGCUGAAACCUUUUCUACCAGCUGA